CAGUUUCGGCAAAGGGGAAACACUUCGGGUCCUUGGGUGGAGUCUUUGUCUCAUCUCUUGGCUACUGCUUUACUCAGGUUGCAAACAUGUCUGACAAAAGUGAAUUAAAGGCAGAGUUGGAAUGUAAGAAGCAGCAGUUGGCUCAAAUCAGAGAGGAAAAGAAGAGGAAAGAAGAAGAAAGAAAGAAAAAGGAAACUGAUCAGAAGAAGGAAGCGGUUGCUCCUGUGCAAGAAGAAUCAGAUCUUGAAAAAAAAAAAAGAAGAGAAGCUGAAGUAUUGCUUCAAAGCAUGGAUCUAACUGCAGAAUCCCCCAUUGUCCCUCCUCCUAUGUCUCCAUCCUCCAAAUCUGUGAGCACACCAAGCGAAGCUGGGAGCCAGGACUCUGGAGAUGGCGCGGUGGAAUCUAGACGAGGACCUAUUAAACUUGGAAUGGCUAAAAUUGCACAAGUUGACUUUCCUCCUCGUGAAAUUGUAACAUACACAAAGGAAACUCAGACUCCAGUUAUGGCUCAACCCAAAGAAGAUGAAGAAGAAGAUGAUGAUGUGGUGACUCCUAAACCACCUAUUGAACCUGAGGAAGGGAAAACUUUAAAGAAAGAUGAAGAAAGUGAUAGGAAAGCUCCUCCUCAUGAGCUGACUGAAGAAGAAAAGCAGCAAAUCUUGCACUCUGAGGAAUUUUUAAGUUUCUUUGACCAUUCCACAAGAAUUGUAGAAAGAGCUCUUUCAGAGCAGAUUAACAUCUUCUUUGACUAUAGUGGAAGAGAUUUGGAAGACAAAGAAGGAGAGAUUCAAGCAGGUGCUAAACUGUCAUUAAAUCGACAAUUUUUUGACGAACGUUGGUCAAAGCAUCGGGUUGUUAGUUGUUUGGAUUGAUCAUCUCAGUAUCCAGAAUUACUGGUGGCUUCCUAUAACAACAACGAAGAUGCUCCUCAUGAGCCUGACGGUGUGGCCCUUGUAUGGAAUAUGAAAUACAAAAAAACUACUCCAGAGUAUGUGUUUCACUGCCAGUCAGCCGUUAUGUCUGCUACGUUUGCAAAAUUUCAUUCAAAUCUGGUUGUAGGUGGUACAUACUCAGGCCAGAUUGUGCUGUGGGAUAACCGUAGCAAUAAAAGAACUCCCGUGCAGAGGACUCCGCUGUCAGCUGCAGCACACACGCAUCCUGUGUAUUGUGUAAAUGUUGUUGGAACGCAGAAUGCUCACAAUCUGAUUAGUAUCUCUACUGAUGGAAAAAUUUGUUCGUGGAGUCUGGACAUGCUUUCCCAUCCACAGGAUAGCAGGGAAUUAGUUCAUAAACAGUCAAAGGCAGUCGCUGUGACAUCUAUGUCCUUCCCUGUUGGAGAUGUCAACAACUUCGUUGUUGGAAGUGAGGAAGGUUCUGUGUACACAGCAUGUCGCCAUGGCAGCAAAGCUGGAAUCAGUGAGAUGUUCGAGGGACAUCAAGCACCAAUUACUGGCAUUCAUUGUCAUUCAGCUGUUGGAGCAGUGGACUUCUCACAUCUUUUUGUCACUUCAUCAUUUGACUGGACAGUAAAACUUUGGACAACUAAAAAUAACAAGCCUUUGUACUCAUUUGAAGAUAAUUCAGACUAUGUUUAUGAUGUUAUGUGGUCCCCCACUCACCCAGCCCUGUUUGCCUGUGUGGAUGGCAUGGGUAGGCUGGAUUUGUGGAAUCUCAAUAAUGACACAGAGGUGCCAACUGCAAGCAUUUCUGUGGAAGGUAAUCCUGCUCUUAAUCGUGUAAGAUGGACCCAUUCUGGAAGAGAGAUUGGUGAUUCUGAAGGACAGAUUGUUACAUAUGAUGUGGGAGAGCAGACUGCUGUCCCCCGAAAUGAUGAAUGGGCACGGUUUGGCCGAACACUUGCAGAAAUUAACGCAAACCGAGCGGAUGCAGAGGAGGAAGCAGCCACCCGAAAACCUGCUUAGCUCCUGAAUAGAGAAUGUGUAGCCUUAGUGGAUUUGGGGAAGACUCGAAGUAGAUCCUAGAACGAUUUGCAUGCUUCUGUCUGAAUGAUAAUUAAAAGGAAAUUUUGUGGAUUAAACUAUGGAUUUAAUGUAGCAAGCAAGUCUUACAAAGUCCUUUUUUAUAUAACGUGCAUCU